CUUUCAUGGAAACUUUAGACUUAUCAAAGACUAUAUUUACCAAAAUUGGGAUUACGAAUGAGAUUUUACCAUUUUAUGGAUAUGCCGAGCAAUGCAGACAGCUGAUGACCCAGCUCAGAAGUGAGUCAAGGAAACUCUGGAACGAUGAUAUUGAGAAAUGGUUUAAGAACCUGUCCCAGGUCAAGAGGGAAAUUCAUGUUGAUAAUAAAGAAGUGCUUGAGUAUCUUGACCAGCAUUACAGAUAUGCCAUGUUUAAAAUUGUACUGACGUUUAACAAGAUGAGUGAUGUUACAAGGUUUUAUGACUUCUUGGCAAAUUCUAAGGAGGGAAGUAUCUCUAAAGCGAAAUUUCUCGAAAUCACUCAGGUCAUUCUCCCAAAAUUCAAGAAGAAAUAUGUAAUGGAAGAGUUCAUCACAACUUUCCUCGAAUGCAUCGGUAAGGACUGCCUAAAAUCCGCCUAUCACCUCUAAAACCCCCAACCCUUCUACCUAACUUUCCUUGUAGGCCAAAGCCACUUAUCCAGCUCCCUAAUCCAGGAGGACUGGUUGACGACCAAAAUCCUGAAGCUUCCUUCUCUGUUCAGGUUUCAGGAAGAAGCUUUUACUAUUAAAUAAGCAAGAAGAGGAAGACCUGAUCUGUAUUGAUA